AUGGCCACCUCGGCAGAAAACCCGCAGCGUGCCGGGAGACACACGAAAAUCCAGAAAGGUUAUACCGCUGCAUAUCCAACACAAUCCUCCAUUCCUUACAAAUCUCCGUCUGCGGAUACUUCAGAAUCAGAAAAGAAAGGAUUUAAUAGUCAAUCCAAGAGAUUUGAUCAAAAAAAGGACAACAUCCCGGGGCCCGGGUCCUACAACGUCACGCACCAGUCUCCGGUGUUCCACAGCGCCUCGCUGUCCACCAGAGGGACGUGCGCCUUUCCUUCGCGGCGCGACCGAAUGAGCCCCAUCGUCUCUAAAUAUCCCGCAGCCAAUGCGUACACUCUGCCGUCAUGUUUCCUUUCGAAGAGAGACUUCAGUAACACCUGCUCCAGCAUGUUCCAGAUACCCAGCUUCGGAAAAGGCCUCAGAUUGGAAACUCCUGCACCAAACCAUUACAAUACCUCCGUCUCUUUCUGCAAGCAGAGUAACAACGUCUGUGCCCGAGCCGAGUUUCAGUCCAAAACCGAGAGGGGCGUGUUCACCAUCCCUAAGACAGGACCUGCACCAGGGCAUUAUGAUAUCAACGAAGCCCUUGUGAAGCAGUCGCCGACGACUCUAGCGUCCUGUUUUAAGUCAAAAACUGACCGUGGAUUAAAACUGACAUCAACAGUCCCGGGGCCCGGUUAUUACAACCCACAUGAUCACAUCAAAAUUCCGAAAAAGGCACUUAUCACGAAACACCCCGUCCUGAACUUCUCCUCCCCGCCUCUGUCUCUGCCCCUGAAGCCGACUCCCCCAGGCCCCGGGCAGUACGAGAUUGUGGACUACUCGGGGCCCCCCAAGAACUUAAUCUCCAGCGCAUCGUUCGUGUCCAACACCAAGCGGUGGACAGCGGCGACUCAGCCAGCCCUGCCUGGCCCAGCCACCUACAGGCCGGAGCUCCUCGGGAAGCAGUCCUUUCUCUACAACGAGGGCAACAGGUGGAUCCCGGUGCUGUAG